AAGUAACCAAUGGAAGCCCUGGAUCCCCGACCCAUGGCUAAUGGAAACUGGGGUGGGCGGGCCAUCGCGCGGCCAAGCCCUAGUCCAGAAGCUGACCGCCAGAUGCCUCCUAGGGAGCUCGGACCCCGAAGCAGGCAGACCAUGUGGAUCCUGGGGUGCUGGCUGGCCUUAGUGGCAGGGCUGGUGAGUGGAACACGGUGUCCAGAUGGCCAGUUCUGCCCCGUUGCCUGCUGCCUGGACCUGGGAGGAGUCAGCUACAGCUGCUGUAACCCUCUUCUGGACGCAUGGCCUAUGAUAACAAGCCAUCCUCUAGGUGACCCCUGUCAGAUCCAUGACCACUGUCCUGCUGGCUACUCUUGUCUCCUCACUGUGUUGGGGACUUCCAGCUGCUGUCCCUUCCCUAAGGGUGUAUCUUGUGGUAAUGGCUACCAUUGCUGCCCCCUGGGCUUCCACUGUAGUGAGGAUGGAACAUCCUGCAUCCGAGUAUCAGAUAACCUCGUGGGUGCCAUCCAGUGCCCUGGUAGCCAGUUCGAAUGCCCCGACUCCUCUACCUGUUGCAUUAUGAUUGACGGUUCCUGGGGAUGCUGCCCCAUGCCCCAGGCCUCUUGCUGUGAAGACAGAGUACAUUGCUGUCCCCAUGGAGCCUCCUGUGACAUGGUUCAUACACGAUGCGUUACAUCUAUGGGCACCUACCCCCUACUAAGGAAGUUCCCUGCGCAAAGGACCAGCAGAGCAGUGGCUUUGCAUUCCUCUGUGGUGUGCCCCGAUGCGCAGACCCAGUGCCCUGAUGAUUCCACCUGCUGUGAGCUGCCCACCGGGAAGUAUGGCUGCUGUCCAAUGCCCAACGCCAUCUGCUGCUCCGACCAUCUGCACUGCUGUCCCCAGGACACUGUGUGUGACCUGAUCCAGAGUAAGUGCCUAUCCAAGGACUACACCACGGACCUUCUGACCAAGCUGCCUGGAUACCCAGUGAAGGAUGUGAAGUGUGACACGGAGGUGAGCUGCCCAGAUGGGUACACUUGCUGCCGCCUCGCCAGCGGGGCCUGGGGCUGCUGUCCCUUUACCAAGGCUGUGUGCUGUGAGGACCAUAUACACUGCUGCCCAACAGGGUUCCAGUGCCACACAGAGACAGGAACCUGUGAAAUGGGAGCCCUCCGGGUACCCUGGAUGAAGAAGGUCAUGGCCCCCCUCGGCCUGCCAAACCCACAAAUCUUCAAGCGUGACGUCCACUGUGAUGAUUUCACUAGCUGUCCUGCUAACAACACCUGCUGCAGUCUCGGUUCUGGGAGCUGGGCCUGUUGUCCCGUCCCGCAGGCUGUCUGCUGUCCAGACCACAAGACUUGCUGCCCCCAGGGUUUCUCAUGCACGGCUAAAGGGUACUGUCAGAAGGGAGACAGAGCGGAGGCUAGCUUGGAGAAGACGCCUGUCCGCCAGAUAACCCUCUCCCAAACUGGAGAUAUCGGUUGUGACCAGAACACCAGCUGUCCGGUGGGGCAGACCUGCUGCCCCAGUCAGAAGGGAGGCUGGGCCUGCUGCCAGUUACCCCAUGCCGUGUGUUGUGAAGACGGGCAGCAUUGCUGCCCGAAUGGAUACACCUGCAAUGUGAAGGCCAGGACCUGUGAGAAGGAUGUGCGUUCCAUCCAGGCUUCUGCCCCCCUGACCUUUGGCCCUAAGGUUGGAGAUGUGGAGUGCGGAGGGGGGCAUUUCUGCCAUGAUAACCAGACCUGUUGUAGAGAUAGCCGAGGAGGCUGGGCGUGCUGCCCCUAUGUAAAGGGCAGCUGCUGUGCAGAUGGACGUCACUGUUGCCCCACUGGCUUCCACUGCUCAGCCAAGGGAACCAAAUGUUCGCGAAAGAAGACCCCUCGCUGGGACAUGUUUUUGAGGGAUCCAGCUCCAAGACAGCUGCUGUAAGGAGGGGCUAAAGACUAAAGAACUCCACAGCCCUGGGGACCCUGUCCAGACGGUCUCCACCACUCAGGCCUCCCUAGGCCUUCUCCUAGAGUCUCCCAGACCUAUCUACCCAUUCUGAGUCACCCCAUCACCAUGGGAGGUGGCCUCAAACUAAGACCUUUUAUGCAAAGAAGGCUGUGGACCCCAUUUCCAACUGCCAUUUCUUCCGAUCUCUGUGGACAUUGUGGCCAGGUGCUCUUCCCGAUCCACAGGUAUUGUGUGAGGUUGCUUGUAUGUGUGUGUGUG